AUGCUUCGCUUCGCCUCUUUGACGGCCAUCCUGGCCACCACAGCCACAUGCUUACAUCUCAACGUUAACAACAUCUCCUUCAUACGCUCUGGCGCCACCUCUCUGGCAGCCAACCUGUUUACAUACCAUGACCCAGCCAGCACAGUCGGCCAAUUCGUCCAACCCCAACCCUGGUUCUGGUGGCUCUCAGGUUCCGGCUGGACAUCCCUCAUCGACUACACAGCCUACACGAACGACACCACCUACAUUCUGGCCAUCCACUCCGCCCUCCUCCAAAAUGUAGGUUCAAACUACGACUUCGUCCCCGCCUCCCAAGCCGGCUGGGAGGCAAACGACGAUCAAGUCUACUGGGUCUACGCCGCCUUAACAGCAAUGGAAUACGGCUUCCCGCCCCUCCCCUGUGAACCCGAAGCCUCUGCCGUCGGCACGACGGGAAGCUGUCAAAACACCUCCUGGCUCACUAUAGCAAACAACGCCUUCGAGGACUUCGUCACCCGCUGGCAAAACAACAGCAUCACCUGCAACGGCGGCCUGAAAUGGCAGUACAACCCCUCCGCCACUGGCAAUGGCUGGACGUACAAGAAUACCGUCACUAAUGGCGGCUUCUUCCAGACUGCGGCGCGUCUUGCUCGGUUCACGGGUAAUGCGACGUACGCGGACUGGGCGAAUAGGAUCUGGGAUUGGUCGGCUGGGGUGGGGCUCAUAAGUCCGGAUUUCCAUGUUUUCGACGGGACGUCAGAUGGCGAGGGGGCGAACUGCUCGAGUGUCAAUCAUGAUGAGUGGAGCUAUAACAUCGCGUCUUACCUCCACGGAGCGGCGAACAUGUAUGCUUUCACCCACAACAACGCCACUUCUGCCACACCGAACGCCACGGUCUGGCAAUCCCGCACACAUGGGCUGCUGGUAGCAGCGAACCAGACUUUCUUCUCCCCUUUCCCAAACGCCACGGGAAUCAUGUACGAACCCAAUUGCGAACUAGCCGCCAAAUGUAACACGGACCAGGCGUCUUUCAAAGGCAGUCUUGCGACCUGGAUGGCUAAGACUUCCCUCUUGGUUCCUAGCACGAAGGGGGAUAUUUUCAGCCUUUUGCGGCCGAGUGCCGUGGGUGCUGCGGCGAGCUGCGAGGGCGUGGUGAGUGGCAAAGGUAAUGACAGCUGUGGGACUAAAUGGUAUAUCGGGGCUUAUGAUGGCGCGACAGGGUUUGGGCAGGAGUUGGGGGGGUUGGAUGGGGUGUUGAGUUUGCUUGUGGGGCAGGCGCCUGGGUUGGCGAAUGUGAGGCACUGA